AUGGCUGAAGUUGAAGUAGUAAAUGCUUUAGAAGAAGUCCAACAGGAGGAAGAAAUUGUAGAAGAAACUAUCGCUCCAGUCAAGAGCGUAAAAAGCGUGGAGGCUGCACCACCUGGAAACAUAUUCGACAUCUUCAAACCCAAAGAUGGAGACGCAAAGGACGCAGCCAAAGAUGGAGAAAAACCAGCAGACAAACCCGCAGAUGCUGCUGCAGGUGCAGAUGUAACCAAACCUGCAGACAAAACUCCAGAGGCUAAACCCAACAUCUUCGACGUUUUUAAACCAAAGGAAAAAGCCUAUGAUAUGGCAAGUUUCUUGGAUGAUAUUACAAACGUUAAAAUUGAUGAACAAGUCAUCCCUAAAGUGCCACAAGAGCCGACUACGAAACACACCAAAAAGGACAACCCAGAAAUGGACAAUAUUGUAUUAGAUCUAGAUGAUCUAAUUAAAGGCUACAAGGAUGACAAAACACCAGUACAUCACAAAAUUAAACUAAAACAGAGUAAACCCAAACAGAACAAUUCUCAGGAAGAUCUGUUAACAAAGGACAAAAAAACUGUGUCUCAUGCUGUACAAGCGGCGAAAAAGAGUGUUAGUGUUAACUCAGAUUUUGAGUUAGUUAAAAAGGAAUCACUAGAUAGUCAGCCAUUUGACAUGUUUCAUUUAAAACCAUCCAAGCCACCUCCCGACGACUCUCUAUCAGAUAUGUUCGAUUUAAACGGCCAUUCUUAUUCAUUCCCUUCUUCUCCGGAACCAGUGGAGGAAGAAAUUAUGGCGGCGAAACAAGUAAAAUCUGUGGAAUUCGGUUUACUUCCUGACCCAUUCCACCUUAAGGAUAAUGCUGCGAAAGCCACAACUAGUAAUGCUACAGAUACACCUAAGUCAAUACCAGAUCCUUUAGGCUUAUUGGAUAAAUCUAAACACGUGCAGGAAAACAUCGACAAAACUAAACAAGAUAUACACAAUUUUAUAUCAGAUCCAUUCGGAUUAAAGGAGAAAGCUAGGCAAAAGGAAGAACAGGCCUCAAAGGCAGGCGACUCUAAAGUAGAACCUACGAAUCCAAUAAUAAAUAUUCCAUCUCUGCCAGAUCCUCUAAACUUACAGGAAAAAACCAAACAAAUAAUCGAUUCUCUUAAGAAUGCUGCUGAUGAUGCUAACGCGGCGUUUGACAGCAUAUCGACCAAACUUCCUGAUCCCUUAAAACUAAAGGAAAAAUCUGAUACUUUAGCAGAUGCUGUCAAAAAUACUAUCGAAAAUUCUGAAAAGGCUCUUACGGAUAUUAAAAGUCUUUUACCAGAUCCAGUGAAAAUACAGGAACAAACCAAAGAUAUAUCAGUUGCAAUGUCUGAGGCAGCUGAGAAUUUUAACAAAGCCAUAGACAAUAUCCAAAACGUCAUACCUAAUCCCGCACAACUUCAGGAAAAAUCAAAUCAAAUAAAAGUUGCGCUGGAAAAAACAGCAGAAGAGUCUCUUAAAGCGAUUGAAAAUAUUGAAAGUUUUAUCCCGAAUCCAGUAAAAUUUCAGGAAAAGUCGCAAGCUAUUUCAGAUGCACUAAAAAAUGCAGAAAAAGCUUCCAUACAAUCAUUUGAAAACAUUUCAAAAGUAUUACCAGAUCCUUCAAAAUUGACUGAUAAAUCUAAAGAGAUUUCACAAGCUAUCGAGUCUGCUUCACAAAACUCUAUAAAAGCCCUUGACGAUGUUACUAGUAGUAUCCCAGAUCCUUUACAUCUACAGGAAAAGUCAAAACAAAUUUCUGAUUCUAUAAAAAAUGUAGCAGAAAACUCUCAAAAAGCGCUUGAAUCAAUACACGAAGUGCUUCCCGAUCCUUUAAAGUUGCAGGAAAAAUCUAACAAUAUAGUAAGCAGUAUAAAAAAAGUCGCUGAGAACUCUGAUAAAGCUUUAGAGUCGAUCACAGCCUCUCUACCUGAUCCUUUAAAAAUACAGGAAACAUCCAAAAAAAUAGCAACAACACUCGGUGAUAUCAGCAGCAGUAUUCCUGAUCCAUUGGAGUUUCAGGAAAAAUCUAAGAAAAUACUUGAAGGGAUAAAAACUUUAGCAGAAAGUUCUACUAAAAGUUUGGAACAGAUAACUGGCUCUAUACCGGAUCCUGCAGAAAUAAAGGAAAAGUGUACUAAAGUCACCGCUGCCCUAAAAAAUGUAGCUGACAGUUCUACCAAAGCCUUUGACGAUAUCAAUAAAGCUGUAGUUGACCCUGCUCAACUACAAACUGCGGCGUCUAAGAUCACAGACGAUUUAAAAGUUUCCUCUGAAGCUACAGUUAAGGCACUCUUAGCCAUAAAUAAUAUGGUUCCCGAUCCUCGCAAAUUUCAGGAGCAUUUUGUUAAACUUGCCACUAAUGUGAAAACUCUAGGAGAAGCUACCAGUGUUGGGUUGGAAAAUAUUCAAAAGGCGAUACCUAACGCUUCAGAUCUACAGCUAAAAUCUACUGAAAUAUCAAGCAAGAUAGCCGAUACAAUUGAAAACUCAAACAAAGCUUUUGACAGCAUAAAAACAGCAUUACCUGAUCCGGCCACUUUUCAGAAUAAAUCCCACCAAAUUACUGAAGCCUUAGCGUCUACAGCUGAAAAUACUAGCAAAGCAUUUGCUAGUAUUCAAACUGCAUUACCAGAUCCUACCAAACUUGAGGAGCAAUCCAAAAAGGUUAGUAAUGCUCUAGUAGAUAUUGCAGAAAAGUCAAACAAGGCAUUUGAUAGUAUUUACAGUACUAUACCCGAUCCAACAAAAAUACAGGAAUCAUCUAAAAAAAUAACAGAAGCAAUAAGCAGUGUAGCUGAUGAAUCAUUAACUGCAUUUAAAAGUAUUGAGAGUUCUUUGCCAGAUCCUUUAAAAAUUCAGGAAAAAACUAAAGAAAUUACAAACGCUCUAACGAAAUCUGCUGAAAUCUCUAGCAAAGCGUUCGAAAACAUUAGUAGUACUUUACCAGAUCCUCAAGUUCUUCAGAACAAGUCAAAGCAAAUUGCUGAUUCAAUUAUCGAUUUAGCAGAAAAUUCUAAUAAAGCCUUGGAAGGAAUUCACAAAGCUUUACCAGAUCCCUUACAGAUACAGUCGAAAUCGAAAGAAAUAACUGAGCUUUUAACAAAUACAGCCGACAAUACUUUGAAUGCAUUUAGUACCAUUGAGAGUGGGAUUCCAGAUCCAAUAAAAAUACAGACAAGCGUCCAAAAAAUUACAGAAAUGCUACAAGAUGUAGAAAAAAAUUCAAGUAAAGCUUUAGAAGAUAUUAAAACGGUACUACCAGAUCCAGUAAAAAUACAGACUGAAUCACAGCUGAUUACUAAAGCACUAGCUGACACAGUACAAAAGUCGAGUGAAGCCUUUGAGAGCAUCCAGAAAGCAGUACCCGAUGUACUGUCAAUACAGAAAAAUUCGACUAAGAUUAUGGACGCCUUGGCAGAAACUAACGAUAAAUUUACUAAAGUCUUCGAUACCAUUGAAAGUGUUUUACCUAAUACUUUACAAAUACAGAACAAAUCCAAAGAGAUCUCUGAUGCCCUUGUUAAUGCUGCUGAUGUAUCAACGAAAGCUUUUGAUGGAGUAUUAAGUGCGCUGCCUGAUACUAACAAAAUAAAGAACAAGUCAAAACAAAUAACAGAAACUUUAACAGCAGCGGCCGCAAGUUCUACUAAAGCUUUUGAAGCAAUCAAUUCUUCAUUGCCAGAUCCUCUGGAUCUAAAGAAAAAAUCUGAUCAAAUUGUUGAUGCUUUAAAUAAGGCAAACGAAACGUCCAGCACAUCAUUUGAUAGCAUUACAAAUCUUUUACCAGAUGCAACAAAAAUCCAGGAAAAAUCACAAACCAUUGCAAAAGCUUUGGUAGAUAUAAGUGAAGAAUCAAAUAAAGCUUUUGAAAGAAUUAAUGACAUAAUACCCAACCCAGAUGGAUUACAGAGCAAAUCCAAAGAAAUAAUUAAUUCAAUAGGAAAUAUAGAAGAGAACUAUAAUAAGGCGUUUCAAAAUAUAGAAAGCGUUUUACCAGACGCUACUACAAUACAGAACACGUCAAAGAAAUUAUCAGAGUCAAUUAAGGAUGCCACCGCAACUACAGAUAAAGCUUUUUUGGAUAUAAAAAACUCUUUGCCUGAUCCGAAAAAGAUCGAGGAUCUUUAUACAAAUAUUACAGACUCAAUAUCUUUAGCAAACAAAAAAUCCCAACAAGCCUUUGAAGGAAUUCAAAGUGUGUUACCAGAUUCUAAUGAAAUAGAGAAAGAGACAAAUAAAAUUGUAGAAAUAUUGGCGAAUGUAACAAAAAGCUCAAAUAAAGCUUUUGAAAACAUAACAGCAAAUGUAGCUGACCCUAUAGAACUACAGGAAAAAUCUCAGAAAAUUUUGGAUUUGUUAACAAAAACAGUUGAUUACUACAACAAUGCUUUAAAAAGUAUCAAAGAUUCUGUCCCAGAUUCAUCACAAAUUCAACAGGUAGAAGAUGAAAUUGUUAAAAUAAAUACGGAAUCAAGUAAGGCAAUUGAUAAUGUCUUUAAAGUUUUAAAAGAUCAGCCAGAUUUGCAGAUCAAAUCAAAAGCUAUUAUAGACACAAUUACAAAAUCAACUGAAAGCUCCAACAAGGCAAUCGAAAGCAUUAAUUCUGCUAUACCAGCUGCGUUUGACAUGAUAAAUAAGUCUAUGCCAGAUGUUUCAACAAUUGAGAAAGUUGCCAACCAAAUAGCAACUGAAGCUGAAAAGUCAAAAAGUGCUAUUGAACAAUUUAACCAAAUGCUACCACUGGUUUUUGAUAGUAUUCAAAAGUCUAUAUCAGAUGAAAAGAAAAUACAGGAACUAUCUGAAAAGUUAGUGAGUGAUGCUACAAAUUCCAACAAAGCCAUUGAUAGUCUAAAUAAAUUUAUACCAACUGUUUUUGACAACAUUCAAACUUCUCUUCCACAACAAGAUAAAAUCCAGCAAAUGGCCAAUAUAGUAGCAGAAAAGUCAAAAAUAUCUAACGAAGCAAUAGAAAAUUUGGGCAGUAGCUUGCCAAACCUUUUUGACCAAAUACAGAGAGUUAUACCUAAUUCUGUAGAAUUACAGAAACUAGUGAAACAAAUUGUUGAGGAAGCUGAAAAGUCAAAUAAGGAAAUCGAUGAAAUGGUGAAGGUUGUACCAAAGUCGUUUGGGAAUAUUCAGAGUGCUAUACCAGAUUCUACAAAAAUAGAGCAACUAUCUAAAGUACUAGCAACUGAAGCUACAAAAUCAACCGAGUCAAUUCAAAAACUUAGCAUAGCUUUACCUAAAGUUUUUGAUCAACUUCAAACAGCCAUACCAGAUUCUCAGAAAAUACAGCAAAUAAGUGAUAACGUAGUUGAAAAGCUCGAAGUAACGCAAAAGAAACUAGAGGACCUAAACACUAGUUUGCCAAAAUUGUUUGAUAACAUACAAACUUCAGUACCAGAUUUAUUGGAGAUAGAGACAAAGUCAAAAGAGAUUAUUGAAGCACUAGCUUCUGGUUCCAAAAAUUCAAACAUAGAUUUGGAAAAUAUUAAGACUGUUUUACCACAAGUAUUCGAGAGCAUUCAAACGUCUUUACCAGACCCAAUCAAAAUACAGCAAGUUGCGGCUGGUAUUAAAAGCACAGCUGAAAACACUACAAAAGCUUUAGAAAACUUGGAAAACUCUAUACCAGAUCCCGGAAUCAUACAAGAGAAAUCUAAAAAUAUUACUACAUUACUAAAAUCUACAAUUGAAGAUACUAAUAAAGCAUUUGACAAUAUUAAAUAUCUUUUGCCGGAGUUCACAAAGAUACAGGCUAAAACCAGUAGUAUUGGGGACAUGCUAAUAAAUAACGCAAGUUCAUCUGAAGAACAUACUAAAAACAAUAGUAACAUAGACAUAGAUUUGGACUUUCAGGAAAAGUCUACUAAAAUGGUAGAUAGUUUAUCAGACGCGACCGAAAAAUCUAAUGAAAUAAUAGAGAAAUUAGAGGAUACGUCAGCUAAGUCAACAGAAAUAUCAAAUAAAAUUUUAGCCAGACUAGAGGAUAAAGAUACUACCGAAAAGAAAUCUCCAGGAUUUAAUAUUUUCGAUCCCCUUCAUUUAAAAGAUAAAGCAAAGGAUACCAACGAGGAAAAACCUCCAAAUAUCUUGGGUAAUAUUUUUGACCCACUGCAUCUUAAGGACAAAGCAAAAGAUUUAACUAAAAAAGUUUCCGAUGCAGUAGAAAAUAGUGCUGAUGGCAAAUCUGAAAAUUCUUCGGAAGAUAAACCUGCUCCAGUAAAUCUUCUAGGUAAUCUUCUAGAUCCCUUGCAUCUAAAGGAUAAAGCUAAAGAUGUAGCUGAAAAAGUAGUCGAAAAAGUGGACAAUGUCACAAACCCAAUAAAAACGGAGGAAAACACUGCAGUUAUAGAUGAAAAGAAAUCAAGUCCUCCCAAUCUUCUGGGAAAUUUACUAGAUCCUCUGCAUUUGAAGGAUAAAGCCAAAGAUAUCACUGAUAAGGUUUCCGAUUCACUAAAAAAUCAUGAAGAGUCUGAUACUAAAAUUUCUUCGGAAGAAAAACCUGCUCCUGUUAAUCUUCUGGGUAAUCUAUUAGAUCCUUUACAUGUGAAGGAUAAAGCUAAAGAUAUUACUGAUAAAGUCUCUGACGCAAAAGAAAAUAUUGCUGAACCUGAAACUAAAAGCUCUUCGGAAGUAAAACCUGCCCCGAAUAAUCUUUUGGGUAAUCUAUUAGAUCCAUUACAUUUAAAGGAUAAAUCGAAAGAAAUAACUGAUAAGGUUUCUGAUACAGUAGAAAAUAUUACAGAACCCGACACUAAAAGUACUUCGGAAGAAAAACCUGCCCCGAAUAAUCUUCUGGGCAAUCUGUUAGAUCCCUUGCAUGUAAAGGAUAAAGCCAAAGAAAUCACUGAUAAAGUUUCUGAUACAGUAGAAACUAUUGCAGAUCCCAAAACUGAAAGUUCUUCGGAAGAAAAACCUGCUCCCAUUAAUUUGCUGGGCAAUCUUUUAGAUCCCUUGCACUUAAAGGAUAAAGCCAAAGAAAUCACUAAUAACGUUUCUGAUGCAGUAGAAACUAUUGCAGAUCCCAAAACUGAAAGUUCUUUGGAAGAAAAACCUGCUCCCAUUAAUUUGCUGGGCAAUCUUUUAGAUCCCUUGCACUUAAAGGAUAAAGCCAAAGAAAUCACUGAUAAAGUUUCUGAUGCAGUAGAAACUAUUGCAGAUCCCAAAAGUGAAAGUUCUUCGGAAGAAAAACCUGCUCCCAUUAAUUUGCUGGGCAAUCUUUUAGAUCCCUUGCACUUAAAGGAUAAAACCAAAGAAAUCACUGAUAAAGUUUCUGAUGCAGUAGAAACUAUUGCAGAUCCCGAAACUGAAAGUUCUUCGAAAGAAAAACCUGCUCCCAUUAAUUUGCUGGGCAAUCUUUUAGAUCCCUUGCACUUAAAGGAUAAAGCCAAAGAAAUCACUGAUAAAGUUUCUGAUGCAGUAGAAACUAUUGCAGAUCCCAAAACUGAAACUUCUUCGGAAGAAAAACCUGCUCCUAUUAAUUUGCUGGGCAAUCUUUUAGAUCCCUUGCACUUAAAGGAUAAAGCCAAAGAAAUCACUAAUAACGUUUCUGAUGCAGUAGAAACUAUUGCAGAUCCCAAAACUGAAAGUUCUUUGGAAGAAAAACCUGCUCCCAUUAAUUUGCUGGGCAAUCUUUUAGAUCCCUUGCACUUAAAGGAUAAAGCCAAAGAAAUCACUGAUAAAGUUUCUGAUGCAGUAGAAACUAUUGCAGAUCCCAAAAGUGAAAGUUCUUCGGAAGAAAAACCUGCUCCUAUUAAUUUGCUGGGCAAUCUUUUAGAUCCCUUGCACUUAAAGGAUAAAGCCAAAGAAAUCACUAAUAACGUUUCUGAUGCAGUAGAAACUAUUGCAGAUCCCAAAACUGAAAGUUCUUUGGAAGAAAAACCUGCUCCCAUUAAUUUGCUGGGUAAUCUUUUAGAUCCCUUGCACUUAAAGGAUAAAGCCAAAGAAAUCACUGAUAAAGUUUCUGAUGCAGUAGAAACUCUUGCAGAUCCCAAAACUGAAAGUUCUUCGGAAGAAAAAUCUGCUCCCAUUAAUUUGCUGGGCAAUAUUUUAGAUCCGUUGCACUUAAAGGAUAAAGCCAAAGAAAUCACUGAUAAAGUUUCUGAUGCAGUAGAACCUAUUGCAGAUCCCAAAACUGAAAGUUCUUCGGAGGAAAAACCUGCUCCGAUUAAUCUGCUGGGCAAUCUGUUAGAUCCAUUGCAUUUAAAGGAUAAAGCCAAAAAAAUAACUGAUAAGGUUUCUGAUGCAGUAGAAACUAUUGCAGACCCCGAAACUAAAAGUUCUUCAAAAGAAAAACCAGCUCCAAAUAAUCUGCUGGGCAAUCUUUUAGAUCCCUUGCACUUAAAGGAUAAAGCCAAAGAAAUCACUGAUAAGGUUUCUGAUGCGGUAGAAACUAUUGCAGACUCCGAAAUUAAAAGUUCUUUGGAAGAAAAACCUGCUCCGGUUAAUCUUUUGGGUAAUCUGUUAGAUCCCCUGCAUUUAAAGGAUAAAGCCAAAGAAAUCACUGAUAAGGUUUCUGAUACAGUAGAAAAUAUUAGAGACCCCGAAACUAAAAGUACUUCGGAAGAAAAACCUGCCCCGAAUAAUCUUCUGGGCAAUCUUUUAGAUCCCUUGCACUUAAAGGAUAAAGCCAAAGAAAUCACUGAUAAAGUUUCUGAUGCAGUAGAAACUAUUGCAGAUCCCAAAACUGAAAGUUCUUCGGAAGAAAAACCUGCUCCCAUUAAUUUGCUGGGCAAUCUUUUAGAUCCCUUGCACUUAAAGGAUAAAGCCAAAGAAAUCACUAAUAAAGUUUCUGAUGCAGUAGAAACUACUGCAGGUCCCAAAACUGAAAGUUCUUCGGAAGAAAAACCUGCUCCGAUUAAUCUGCUGGGCAAUCUGUUAGAUCCAUUGCAUUUAAAGGAUAAAGCCAAAGAAAUCACUGAUAAGGUCUCUGAUGCAGUACAAACUAUUGCAAAACCCGAAACUAAAAGUUCUUCGGAAGAAAAACCUGCCCCGAAUAAUCUUUUGGGCAAUCUGUUAGAUCCCUUACAUUUGAAGGAUAAAGCCAAAGAAAUCACUGAUAAGGUUUCUGAUACAGUAGAAAAUAUUACAGAUACCGAAACUAAAAGUACUUCGGAGGAAAAACUUGCCCCGAAUAUUCUUUUUGGCAAUGUGUUAGAUCCCUUGCAUUUGAAGGAUAAAGCCAAAGAAAUCACUAAUAAGGUUUCUGAUGCGGUAGAAACUAUUGCAGACCCCGAAAUUAAAAGUUUUUCGGAAGGAAAACCUGCCCCGAAUAAUCUGCUGGGCAAUCUGUUAGAUCCAUUGCAUUUAAAGGAUAAAGCCAAAGAAAUCACUGAUAAAGUUUCUGAUGCAGUAGAAACUAUUGCAGACCCCAAAACUAAAAGUUAUUUGGAAGAAAAACCUUCUCCGGUAAAUCUCUUGGGUAAUCUACUAGAUCCUUUACAUUUAGAGGACAACUACAAAGACAUAACUGGUAAGGUUUCCCGUAGUGUAGAAUAUAGUGCAGACCAAAAAACUAAAGGUUCUUUGGAAGAAAAACCUGCUCCGGUUAAUCUUUUGGAUAAUCUGUUAGAUCCGCUACAUUUAAAGGAUAAAACCAAAAAUAUCACUGAUGUCGCUUUCAAUACAGUAAAAAAUAUUGCAGACCCCAAUCAAAAACCUUUUUCGGAAGAAAACCCUGCCCAGCUUAAUCUGUUAGAUAAUUUAUUAGAUCCAUUAAAUUUAAAGGACAAAGCUAAACACAUUACUGAUACGAUUUCAAACGCGAUACAAAAUACUGCAGACCAGCAAGCUAAAAUUUUGUCUGAUGAAAAACACCAUCCAGAGAAACUUUUGGGUAACUUAUUAGAUCCUCUAAACUUAAAGGAUAAAACCAAAGAGAUUGCUGAUAAGAUUUCUGAUAGAAUAGGAAAUAUUACAGACCCCAAACCACCACCUCAGUUAAAUAUUCUUGGUAAUAUGCUAGAUCCAUUGCAUCUAAAGGCUAAUGACAUAGCGGUAAAAGCUUCUGAUGUAGUAGAAAUUUUUGUUGAUCCCUUAAAUUUAAAGGAAAAAGUAAAUGAUUCUGUAAAAGGUAAUCCGGAAUUAUUUGGAAAUCUAUUAGAUCCUUUACACUUAAAGGAUAAAGUAAAAGAACUUAAUAAAAAAAUUUCUACAGAGAGUACAAACAAUCCAGAUGACCUCUUGGCCAAUAUUUUAGAUCCGCUCAAUUUAAAGGAAAAAGUUAAAGAUCUUACUAAUACUGUUUCUAGCGUAGUAGAGAAUGUUUCAGAUCCUCUAAACUUAAAGGAUAAAAUGAAUGAUUCAACUAAAGAUAAUCCAAACUUAUUAAGAAAUAUAUUAGAUCCAUUACAUUUAAAGGAUAAAGUAAAAGAACUAAAUGACAAAUUUUCUACAAAUGAUACACGAAAUUCUGAUGAUCUCUUGGGCAAUAUUUUAGACCCACUUAAGUUAAAGGAAAAACUUGAAGAUCUAACUGAUACUGUUUCUGACGUAGUAGAAAAAAUUCCUGACCCCUUAAAUUUAAAGGAAGUCACUAAUGCUCCGCCCAAAGAUAAACUUAACUUAUUUGGAAGUAUAUUGGAUCCUUUACAGUUAAAGGAAAAAACUAAUAAUUCAGAUGAAAAACCACGCCAUUUACUUGGUAAUUUACUGGAUCCAUUACAUCUAAAGGACAAAGCAAAAGAUUUACACGAAAAAGUUGCGGGUGCUGUAGAAAAUAUUACAGAUCCACUUAAUUUAAAGGAAAAGAGUAAUGAUUCAUCUGAAAAACCGCAACAUAUACUUGGUAAUCUACUAGAUCCUCUACAUCUUAAGGAUAAAGCAAAAGAUUUACAUGAGAAAGUUGCCGGUGCUGUGGACAAUAUUAUAGAUCCACUUAAUUCAAAGGAUAAAUCUAAUGAUUCAACUGAAAAACCGCAACAUGUUCGUGGUAAUCUACUAGAUCCUCUACAUCUAAAGGAUAAAGCAAAAGAUUUACACGAAAAAGUUGCCGGUGCUGUAGAAAAUAUUACAGAUCCCCUUAAUUUAAAGGAUAAAACUAAAGAUCUCACAGGAAAAGUAAUAGACGUUGCUGAAAAUGCACAUAGCAUCGUAGAAAACGUCACUGAUCCUUUAAAAUCAAAAGAAACAGACAAAACGUCCAGUUCUGGAGAUCUAUUGGGCAAUUUGUUAGACCCGCUGCAUCUUAAGGAUAAAGCUAAGGAAAUGGUAGAUAGUAAAGGUGGUGGCAGUACCAUUUUGGGUAAUAUGUUAGAUCCUCUUCAUCUAAAGGACAAAGCCAAAGAUAUUAUAGAUAAUACGUCCGAUCAUGGUAAAGUUUUAGGUAAUAUACUGGAUCCUUUACAUCUAAAGGACAAAGCUAAGGAUCUGAUAGAAAAUAAAUCAGAGCAGGGUUCAGUUUUAGGCAACAUACUAGAUCCGCUACACCUAAAGGAUAAGGCUAUAGAUAUAAUAGAACAUAAAUCCGAGCCUGGAAGUGUUUUAGGUAACAUAAUAGAUCCUCUUAAUUUAAAGGACAAAAUUUCUGGUGCAGUAGAAAAUACUCACAAUAUUAUCGGUAUUCUCCCGGAUCCUUUAAACCUUAAGGAUAAGGCUAAAGAUAUAAUAGAAAAUAGACACGAUCCCAAAAAGUUGCUAGGUAACAUUAUAGAUCCUCUUAACCUAAAGGAUAAGGCUAUAGAUAUAAUAGAACAUAAAUCUGAGACUGGAAGUGUUUUAGGUAACAUAAUAGAUCCUCUUAACUUAAAGGACAAAAUUUCUGGUGCAGUAGAAAAUACUCACAAUAUUAUCGGUAUUCUCCCGGAUCCUUUAAACCUUAAGGAUAAGGCUAAAGACAUAAUAGAAAAUAGACACGAACCCGGAAAGUUGCUAGGUAACAUUAUAGAUCCUCUUAACCUAAAGGGAAAAAUAUCUGGUGCAGUUGAAAAUACCUAUAAUAUUAUAGAUAAUCUCCCUGAUCCUUUAAACCUUAAGCUAGAAUUAUUUCUUAUGGAGAAAGGUAAAAUAUCUGAUAAAAAUUAUGUUGCUGAUGAAAAACCUAAGAGACUUGCAGGUAUUAUUGGUAAUAUGCCUAACAUUAUUCCUGAUCCGUUACAUCUUAAGGAUAAAUCGCAAGAUAUACUAAAUACAAUAUCAGAUCCAAACAAAAUUAAGAAAAAUGCCGAAGAAGCCCAAAAGGCUUUCAAAGAGAAGGGACUUGGAGGUUGGAUCGCUACCGUACAAAAAAACGUCCAGGCCACCCUAAACGCUCUAAUAAAAGGAGGCGAAGGAAAAAAAUUAGUCGAAGCAAUUAUUGAUUGGAUUAAGAAUUUAAUAAAAACCGUUCAGGAAAAAGGAAUGCCUGCAGUUAUGAAGCAAGUUGAAGCCAAGUUGAAAGAAAUCCUAGCGAGGGCAAUUGUAGAAAACAACAAAUGGCCAAUGAAAGCCCUUACACAAAAAUAA